UGAAGCGAUGUCUUUCACGGCUAUAAAAGCUCACAAUCAUCCUCCAGAUGAAAUGGAUUAGAAGCAACAGAUCAUUUUACUUCAUCCGGCUUCAAACACACUCUUUUGUUUAAAUCAUUACACUCAUUGAUUGGGUCCAACUCCUGUCCUUAUCUUCAUCAUGGCUUUCCAAUCUAUCAACUCUUCCAAAGCCUCAUUCUGGCUCACUCUUCUCCUUCCUGCACUUGGCAUUUCUGCUCAUGGCCAUGUUGACGAGAUCAUUGUCAACGGUGUAUCCUACCAGGGCUAUGGAAGCACCGACUUCCCAUACAUGCAAGACCCUCCUGUUGUUGCUGGCUGGACCAUUGAGCAAGCGGACAACGGCUUCGUUUCACCAGACAAGUAUGAUGAUCCGGAUAUCAUCUGUCACCGAGACGCUACUCCAGCCAAGGGACACAUCGAACUUGCUGCGGGUGAUACUCUCACUCUCCGAUGGUCAGGCUGGCCUGAAAAUCACAGUGGUCCUAUCUUGAACUACCUCGCCAACUGCAACGGCCCCUGCGAGCGAGUCGACAAGACCAAGCUCGAGUUCUUCAAAAUUGAUGGACUAGGCCUUCUUGAACAGGGCACACCGGGCAGGUACGCGGACAAGGUACUCCAAGACAACGGAGACCGAUGGAACGUCCGUAUUCCAAAGAAUAUCGCCCCUGGAAACUACGUUCUUCGCCAUGAGAUCAUUGCUCUACACAAUGCACUGGACAAAGGUGGUGCACAGAACUACCCCCAAUGCUUCAACUUGAAGAUCACUGGCGAUGGGUCUGACUCUCCUUCUGGUUAUCUUGGUACUGAGCUUUACGAUGCUGCGGAUCCUGGUAUCCUUGUCAACGUCUACUCUAGCUCGGUUGACUAUGAGGUUCCUGGUCCUACUAUUUGUGAAGGGGGCGUCUCGUCUGUUGAGCAGAAGCCAUCCGAAGCCACUACAACUGCAAAGUGUACUACUAGGUACUAGGGGGUUUAUUCAUGAAUCGUAUCGAGUGUCUAUCUCAUUGGGUAGCAUGGCACCCAUGAUGAUUAGCUGGCGUUACUCUGGCUUGUGGUCUUUGUUUUUGUUUUAGCCAGUUUGUUACUUUGCUACCUUGUUAGGUCAUAUUCGUCUCA